CUUUCGUGUUCGUUCGUACUUCGUACGUGAUCACCAAGUAUCAUACAAUUUCAAACAUUAAUAUUGAUUUAAAAUAGUGAGCUAUAAAAAUAUUAACUUUCACACUUAUCAAUCUCAAUAAACUCUUGUCUACAACUGCUUUAAACUAAUAAUUAAGUAAAAUUAAAUAACUUUUCUGAAGUAAAGUAAAACUUAUCACGCCGGUAAAAGUUUUAAAAUAUUUCAAAAACGUAACGACUGGACGUAUAAUGAGCAAUAAACAAUCAAAGAAAAAUGAAAACAAAAAGAAAUAUCAACAAGACAAUAAAAAGAAAACGAAAUCAUCUUUAUUUUCAUUUCGAAAAAUAGUUUUUAUAUCUGCCAUACUAACGGGUUUAGCAUCUUACUAUGUAUAUCAAGCCAUCACAACUCCGCCUGAUCUACCUAAAUUAGACUUGAACGAAUACUGGGGACCAUAUCCCAUGAAACUCAAUCCAGAUUUAGCUAUAAGACCUUAUCAAAUUGAGUUUUCUGAUGUGAUGAUAAAUGAUCUUAAGGAAAGACUUCUGCACAGAAGACCAUUUCCUCCACCAUUAGAAAAUACUGGAUUCACUUAUGGUUUUAACUCCUAUUUCAUGACACGUGUUUUAGAUUACUGGCAGAAUAAAUACAAUUUUAAGGAGAGGGAAGAUUUCUUCAACAAAUAUGAUCACUAUAUGACUAAUGUACAAGGACUGGAUAUACAUUAUAUGCAUGUUAAGCCUAAUGUCGCCGGUGAUAUUAAAGUGGUACCUUUGCUAUUAUUACAUGGAUGGCCAGGUUCUAUUAGGGAGUUCUAUGAGAUUAUACCUAAACUGAUAACGCCAAGGGUUGGUCAUGAUUUUGUUUUUGAAAUUAUAGCACCGAGCCUGCCUGGAUAUGGAUUUUCACAGGCACCAGCUCGCCCAGGCUUAGGUCCAGCUGAGAUGGCGGUAGUUAUUUCAAAUUUGAUGAAAAGAAUAGGUCAUGAAAAAUAUUAUAUCCAGGGUGGUGACGCCGGGCAUUUAUUGGGCUCGAUUAUUUCUACUGUAUUUCCUGAUAGAGUACUUGGUUUUCAUACUAAUAUGCCUAUGCUGUGGUUUCAUCCAUUGGCUCAUAUUUAUACUUUGUUGGGCAACUUUUGGCCGAAAUUAAUAGUUGAACCGGAACUAGAAAGCCGCAUGUACCCGUGGAGCGAGCACGUAGCGCGCUUGAUAGAAGAGUCCGGUUACUUACAUUUACAAGCAACAAAACCAGAUACAAUAGGUAUAGCAUUGACAGACUCGCCAGCCGGUCUAGCUGCAUACAUCCUAGAUAAAUUCUGUACAUUGACCAAUCCAUCUAACAAAGAUUCUCAAGAUGGUAACUUACUGCCCAAGUACAGUCUCACACAUUUACUAGACAACAUCAUGGUGUACUGGUCUACAAAUAGUAUGACUACUGCUGUGAGAUUGUAUGCAGAGACCUUCAAUAAACGUGCCUUGAGUAUGAGGCUUGAUGAAAUUCCAACAGCAGUACCAACAUGGGGCAUUAAAUUCAAAUAUGAACUGGCAUACCAACCAGAUAGUAUUUUGAAGCUUAAAUUCAAAAAUUAUUUACACAGUACGAUGGUAGAAGAUGGUGGCCAUUUUGCCACACUUGAAAAUCCAGAUAUUAUGGCAACUGAUAUAUUUGAUGCCGUUAAAACAUUUAGAGAAUUCCAUAAUGUUGUUGGUAAACCUCAAGAGAUUGAUAAAGGUAAACUUGAAAAGCCAGAAACCAUAUACGAUUUUACUGUAAAAGAUAUAUAUGGCAGAGACGUUAAUCUUGACAAAUAUAAGGGAUUUGUACUUCUCAUUGUCAACGUCGCCUCACAAUGCGGACUAACGGACACAAACUACAACCAAUUAAAUGAAUUAUAUGAAAAAUACGCCAAGAGCAGAGAUUUCCGUAUUCUAGCAUUCCCUUGCAACCAAUUUGGUACUCAGGAACCAGGAUCUGCGAAAGAUAUCCUCAAAUUCGUGCAAGAAAGAGGCGUUAAGUUUGACGUUUUCGAGAAAAUCGAGGUGAAUGGCGAAAACACCCAUCCAUUGUGGACGUUUUUAAAACGCACCCAGAGCGGCACAUUUGGAGACUUUAUUAAGUGGAACUUCUCAAAGUUUAUCGUUGAUAAAAAUGGUGUCCCAGUUGAAAGAUUUGGUCCCAAUGUCAACCCAUUGGAUUUGGAACCUUAUUUGGCAAAAUAUUGGUAAAAAAAUAUUUUUCAAUUGAAUUAUAAAGUCAGUUUGUCAAAAUAAUUAAGACAUUAACUGAAAUUGAAAUGU